UUUCAGAUUUGAACGGGUGACAAACAGUUCCGCACAACAGUUCGACGGAGUGUAAAACAAAAACGAGCACAUUUCCAUUCGAAUAUCGAAUGUGUUAAUAUUAAAACUUUGUGUGAAUUAAAUUGAAAAGUUAAAAUUGUGGUGACGAAAGGAAGUGAUGAAUCGAUCGUGAACACAGUCAAAACAAAAACAAUCAAAAGAGACAUUAAUUACCAAUAAAGAAAGAAAAAAAUAUACACACACAGCGUGUGAGAGAGAUUAGAGUGUGUCGGCUUGGACCGGCAUCCAAAGUGUGUUUGCUGCUACUGCAGCUGAUAACCGAACAAUUGAUAAUAAAUCAAAAGAGAUAAAAAAAAGAAAUAAAAUAUUAUCGAAAUCCUAUUGGAUUUCCGAUCUCCAUGCAUUUCACAUCAGUGAAACGGACAGCAUAGAAACAAUGAUUUUUAAUCGUGAUAGCUGACGAAUGCUUUUUUAAUUUUGACAUCCUGUCAAAUAGGUUUAAUUUAUUUUUUUCAAAUUAAAAUCUUUUGUUUUUUUUAUUAUUUGUGCUAUUUUGGCUCAUAAUAUCAACAAAGAGAAAAAAAUACACAAAAUCAAAACCAAAUUUUAAAUAUGGCAUUAAAACUGAACUGGACUACAAGCUGUUUUUGAAGAGUUUGUGUGUGCCUGUAUGUGUGUGUGUGUAGAUAUCGAUAGAGAGAAUUUAAAUCAGUGCAUAAAAUCGUGAUUUUUUUUCUACUUUGCGCCGUAUUUCCUCUCGACGAAACACAAAACAAAUAUUGUAUACACGUCAUAUGGAAAUUUCACCGUCGUCGCACAACUCUUUUACACUUUACAACAACGUGGAUUAUCUGUAACGUUUUGAGCUCGCCGGAGAUCUGUUGAAGAAAUUUGCUUGCACAUUCGUCUACGGAUUUUUGUUUUCAUUGAAUACAGUUUGUUUGUGUUUCAUCUCUUCAUUUAUCUCGAAAUUCGAUGCGAUUCAUUCGAAUGUGAUAAUUAUGAAUGAUCAUAAGUGAUUUUUUUUUGUUUUAAAAGUUGAUAAGUUUUGCUAUUUAUUUCAUCGUUUUUACUUAAAUGAGAAAUUGUCUGGUUGUGCAAGUACAAAGCAAAUUGUAAACAAACCUUUACCUGUUUGCCAGUAAUUAGUUUCGAAUAUAACUGGCAUUUUCUUGUUGCCGCUGCUGCUGUUGCUGCUACUGUUCAAUUGUCAACGUUUUGAACGUCACACAUUUCUGUGUUUUUUUUCUCUUCUUUCAACGAAGUCAUAAAAUUUAUUUGUAACGUGACAUUGUCGCAGACUGUUAACACUUGUGUCCGUCAACAUUUAUCACAUUAAAUACAGCGGACCAAAAUGCAGGCACCAAUAGAUGAACAAUACAUUUACACCAAGUACGUAUGUGAUGAAAUGACGGUGAAACCGGAAAGUAUUGCAACGGAUCAAUCGUCUCUGGACUUAGCAUGGACCAAAUUGUUGGACACAGCACCAAGCACUGAUCAAGUUGUGAUCAAACUGGGCGAUGAUACGACACGGGUUGCCAACGCCACCGAGACGCAAGGAAUGAAAAAAUCCGCAUCUUGGAUUGGAUCAUUUCACAAUCAAAUUCGAUCAUCCAUUAAGGCUGUUACCGAGUCUCCCGGCCCAAUUACAAGAUACCGUCAAACUCGAUUCUCUUCACGACGAAUUCGAAAGCGUGUAGUGUUCAAGCAUGGCGAUUGUAACGUUGUUCAAGGAAAUGUGGCCAAGCGAAGACGAAGAUAUAUGCAGGAUAUUUUCACGACAUUAGUCGAUAUUAAAUGGCGAUGGACUAUCAUGGUGUUUGCAAUGAGUUUCAUCGGAACAUGGUCGGUAUUUGCAGGCAUCUGGUGGAUUAUAGCCUAUGCUCACAACGAUUUACCGGGAAUGAGAUCUCCCAAUGAAACAUUUAUUCCAUGCGUUACUGAAGUUAAAACAUUCGCAACCGCAUUCUUAUUUUCCGUUGAAACACAAUUUACAAUAGGCUACGGAGUUCGUUAUAUGACAGAUCAAUGUCCUGAAGCAAUAUUCACCAUGUGUGUUCAGUGUAUUUUGGGCGUUUUGAUUCAAGCAUUUAUGGUUGGUAUUGUGUUUUCAAAGCUUUCACGACCUAAAAAACGGGCGCAAACAUUACUAUUCUCGCGAAAUGCGGUCAUAUGCCAUCGUGAUGGUGUUCCGUGCUUGUUGUUUCGUGUUGCCGAUAUGAGGCGAUCGCACAUUAUUGAAGCGCAUGUUCGUGCUCAAAUCAUUCGUAAAAAGGUCACCAAAGAGGGUGAAGUGUUGCCGUUUUAUCAGCAAGAAUUGAAAAUCGGUGCCGAUGGCGGUGAGGAUCGAUUAAUGUUCAUAUGGCCAACAACAAUCGUACAUAAAAUCGAUCGUCAGAGUCCAUUGUACGCGUUAUCCGCUCAAGAUAUGCUAAAAGAACGUUUCGAAAUUGUUGUGAUGUUGGAGGGUGUUGUAGAAUCCACCGGUAUGACAACACAAGCGAGAAGCAGUUAUUUGCCCACUGAAAUUUUAUGGGGUCAUCGGUUUGAGAAUGUGGUGACCUUCCGCAAGGAUACCGCUGAAUAUGAAGUUAAUUAUCAAAUUUUCAAUAAUACAUACGAAGUAGAUACACCGCUGUGCAGUGCUAAACAAUUAGACGAAGUUCGCGCUGAGCUUCAUCUUCCAAACGGAUUGGAGAGAUUGUGUUCCGCUGGUAUAAUACCACGUGUAUCAUCCGCAGUUUCGUUAGAUCCAAGUGAUGAAUCGAUUGAGUCGACUGGUCGGCUACAAAUGAGGUCUACAAGCAUACCAAAUACUGCUUCAUUCGAAAGCAACAUUUUUUUAAAUAACAAUACAACAACGACAAACACCUCCACUAAGAAGAAAUGGUUACCACCAAGGCGACUGUCGGUUAAGGCUGAACAAUUACCAAAUGAUUCAAUUUGCUGACAUUCAAUUUAGAACUUAGCACAUUUAGUUUAAGUUAAAUUUGAGACGAAAAACCUAUUGAAUGCAAUCUAAACAAUGAGACAAAAAAAAUUCAAUUUUAGCACAUCAAGAGAACUCAAAUUUGAAAACCGCAUUGUACAAAUGAAAAAAAAUGUAAGAAAAUGAAUAAACGAGAUGAAGUGUAAACAUCAAUUUAAGUGUA